CUAGAACAGAAGUCAGAGUCUGGUUUGGUGGAGUCAGACCUGACAUUUUCUUCCACGCGAACUGCCUCUUCUUCCUAUUUUCCACCUCACCUGGAUAUCCUCUGAUCUCCCAGCAAACACCUUCGAUCCUCCCGCUUCUGGAGCUCUCGGCUUUUGGACUGUCUAGGCCCAGUCAUGUCCUCCGAGCGCGACUUCAAUAACGCGGCGUCCGAUGGAGGAAAGGCUAAGAUGAUCGACAAUGAAGCUGUCCAGGUCACUGCCGCACAAUCGUCCCCCGGCUUUGACGAGGCGGAUUGCGAGAAGCAUGGCGCCGGUCGCGAGUCCAACCCGCUACCGGACCUUAAGCGGAAGCUCAAGAGCAGGCAUCUGCAGAUGAUAGCUAUCGGUGGUACAAUUGGUACAGGUCUUUUCAUCAGCAGUGGUAGUGCUAUCUCAACCGCAGGCCCUGUCGGGGCUUUGAUUGCAUAUAUCUUUAUAGGAUCCAUCGUCUUUUCGGUCAUGACAGCAUUGGGAGAGGUUGCCACAUACUUGCCCAUCCCAGGUGCCUUUACGUCCUACGCUACUCGAUUGAUUGACCCUAGUCUGGGUUUUGCUAUGGGCUGGAUAUACUGGUUCUCCUGGGCCAUCACCUUUGCCCUUGAGCUGACGGCAACUGGAUUGAUUAUCCAGUUUUGGAACCAGGAUCUUAACAUAGCAAUCUUCAUUGGUGUCUUCUGGGUCUUCAUUACUCUAUUCAACAUGCUUCCAGUCAGUUUCUUUGGUGAACUGGAGUUCUGGUUCUCUAGCAUCAAAGUCCUCACUGUCAUAGGAUUCAUGAUCUUCGGUAUAUGCAUUAACGCUGGUGCCGGAAAACAAGGCUAUAUGGGAUUCGACACCUGGGUGCAUCCGGGGCCAUUUGUGGCCUACGAUAAUAUUUCACCUGAUUCGACCGCCAAAUUUGUUGGUUUUUGGGCUGUCCUCAUCCAGGCUGCAUUCUCUUACCAAGGAACGGAAUUAGUUGGUAUUGCUGCCGGUGAAACCGAGAAUCCCCGCAAAACAGUGCCCUCGGCCAUCCGCAAGACGUUUUUCCGUAUCCUGUUUUUUUUCGUUUUGACGAUCUUUUUUAUCGGCAUCCUUGUGCGCAUUCUGCUGACUGUGGUGCUCUCUGCCGCCAAUUCCAACGUCUACAGCGCCAGUCGCAUACUGAUCGGUCUUGCCCAAGAAGGCUUCGCCCCCCGUUUCUUCAAGAAAACCUCGAAGGCUGGUGUGCCCUAUUACAGUGUGGCAUUCGCCUCGGCGUUUGGUCUGCUAGGAUUCAUGAACGUUUCCAAUUCAGGUGCCACGGUGUUCAACUGGUUUCUGAACAUCUCCAGUGUGGCUGGUUUGAUUUCAUGGGCGUCCAUCUUAGGGUGUCAUUUAGCGUUCAUGCGUGCUCUAAAAGCUCGCAACAUUUCUCGCGACCUUCUCCCUUACAAGGCGUUGUGGCAGCCAUGGUUCUCAUGGUACGGCCUUUUCUUCAACGUUCUUAUCAUCAUUACCCAGGGAUUCACUGCCUGGAUCCCAGAAUUCAGCGUGACCGAUUUCUUCGUCGCAUACAUUAGCUUGAUUCUCUUCGUCGUUCUGUACCUUGGCCACAAGAUUGUCUAUCGACCAUCGUUCAUUCGCCCUAUCGAGGCAGACAUCGACACUGGCCGUAUUGCGCUGGAAAAUGAGUACUGGGAGACUACAAUCUCCGACGAGAAGUGGUAUAAGCGGGCCUAUCGAUCAGUUUUUUCAUAGAUCCGUGUCCUUACUGUCUAUAACCCUGCACAUUGGAGAGCAAUCAGUUACGAUGUUCCUAUCUUCCUGGCCAUCUCCGUUUUGUACAUUAUGACUUUACAUAUUUGGUGUUUGCAUCGCAUGGAGUUGGGUGAAUUGAGUUGACUGUUUCACAAU